AUGAUAUAAUAGAUUAAAUAUUACACAAAAUUAGAAGAAUUUUUAAACUCUUCACUUUUAUCUCAUUAGGUUCUCCAUAUUAAUCUGGCGUACAAUUAAUUUGGUGAUGAAGGUGCAUUAGGCUUAGGUUCUGGUUUAGCAAAUUGCAUUAAUCUCUCAAAUUUGACACUCAUCCUUAGUUCUAAUGAAUUUGGUGAUGAAGGUGCAUUAGGCUUAGGUUCUGCUUUAGUAAAAUGCAUUAAUCUCUCAAAUUUGACACUUGAUCUUAGGUAUAAUAAAAUUUGUGAUGAAGGUACAACAGGCUUAGGUUCUGCAUUAGCAAAAUGCAUUAAUCUCUCAAAUUUUUCACUUAGACUUAAUACUAAUGAAAUUGGUGAUGAAGGUGCAUCAGGCUUAGGUUCUGGUUUAGGAAAUUGCAUUAAUCUCUCAAAUUUGACACUCAAUCUUGGUGGCAAUUAAAUUUGUAAUGAAGGUGCAUCAGGCUUAGGUUCCGCUUUAUCAAAUUGCAUUAAUCUCUCAAAUUUGACACUUUAUCUUGAAUUAAAUAAAAUUGGUGAAAUGGGUGCAUCGGGAUUAGGCUCUGCUUUAGCAAAGUGCAUUAAUCUCUCAAAUUUGACACUUAAUUUUUAAAAUAAUUAAAUUGACAAUGAAGGUGCAUCAGGCUUAGGUUCUGGAUUAGGAAAUUGCAUAAAUCUCUCAAAUUUGACACUUAAAAUUAGGCAAAAACAGUUGAAUAAAAUUGGUGUUAAAGGCGCAUCAGGCUUAGGUUUUGGAUUAGCAAAAUGUAUUAAUCUCUCAAAUUUGACACUUGAUCUUCGUGACAAUUAAAUUGGUGCAAAGGGUGCAUCAGGCUUAGGUUCUGGUUUAGCAAAUUGCACUAAUCUCUCAAAUUUGACACUUUAUCUUGAUGGUAAUUAAAUUGGUGAUGAAGGUGCAUCAGGCUUAGGUUCUGGAUUAGCAAAGUGCAUUAAUCUCUCAAAUUUUACACUUAGCCUUAUUGAAAAUAAAAUUGGUGUAAUGGGUCCUUCAGGCUUAGGUUUUGGUUUAGGAAAUUGCAUUAAUCUCUCGAAUUUGACACUUAGACUUAGUUACAAUUAAAUUCGCGAUGAAGGUGCAUCAUGUUUAGGUUCUAGUUUAGUAAAUUGCAUUAAUCUCUCAAAUUUGACACUUGAUCUUUGUAACAGUACUAUUGGUGCAAUUGGUGCAUCAGGCUUAGGUUCUGGUUUAGGAAAUUGCAUUAAUCUCUCAAAUUUGACACUUCAUCUUGAGUUAAAUACAAUUGGUGAAGAAGGGAUAUCAGGCUUAUGUUCUGGAUUAGCGAAUUGCAUUAAUCUCUCAAGUUUGAAUCUUAAACUUUAUGAUAAUUAAAUUGGUGCAAUGGGUGCAACAGGCUUAGGUUCUGGAUUAGCAAAUUGCGUUAGUCUCUCAAAUUUGACACUUAGCAUUGGUGGCAAUAGAAUUGGUGCAAUUGGUGCAUCAGGCUUAGGUUCUGGUUUAGCAAAUUGCAUUAAUCUCUAAAAUUUGACACUUGAUUUAAGUCGAAAUUAAAUUGGAGCAAUGGGUGCUUUAGAUUUAGGUUCUGCUUUAGCAAAUUGCAUUAAUCUCUCAAAUUUGACACUUAAUCUUAAUUCUAAUAAAAUUGGUGAUAAAGGUGCAUCAGGCUUAAGUUCUGCUUUAGCAAAGUGCAUCAAUCUCUCAGAUUUGACACUUUAUCUUGAAGAAAAUUAAAUUGGUGAUGAAGGUGCAUUAGAAAUAGGUUCUGGUUUAGCAAAUUGCAUUAAUAUCUAAAAUCUGAAACUUAAUCUUGAAUAAAAUCAAAUUGGUGCAAUGGGUGCAUCAUACUUAGGUUCUGCUUUAGCAAAUUGCACUAAUCUCUCAAAGUUGACACUUUAUCUUUAUCGAAAUUAAAUUUGUGAUAUGGGUGCAUCAAGCUUAGGUUCUGCUUUAUCAAAUUGUAUUAAUCUCUCAAAUUUGACACUUGAUCUUUACGGUAAUUAUAUUGGUGAUGAAGGUGCAUCAGGCUUAGGUUCUGCUUUAGCAAAUUAUUUUAAUAUCUUAAAUUUGACACUUAUUGUUAGCUAGAAUAACAUUGGUGCAAUGGGUGCAUCAGGCUUAGGUUCUGCUUUGGCAAAUUGUAUUAAUCUCUCAGAUUUGACGCUUGAUCUUUUAAAAAAUUAAAUUGGUGAUGAAGGUGCAUUAAGCUUAAGUUAUGGUUUAGCAAACUGCGUUAAUCUCUCAAAUUUGACACUUAAUCUUUAUGGUAAUUAAAUUGGUGCAAAGGGUGCAUCAGGCUUAGGUUCCUCUUUAGCAAAGUGCAUUAAUCUCUCAAAUUUGGAACUUUAUCUUGGUUACAAUGAAAUUGGUAAUGAAGAUGCAUUAAACUUAUGUUCUGGUUUAGCAAAUUGCAUUAAUCUCUCAAAUUUGACACUUAAUCUUCUUUAGAAUGAUAUUGGUGCAAUGGGUGCAUCAGGCUUAGGUUCUGCUUUAGCAAAUUGCAUUAAUCUCUCAAAUUUGAUACUUAAACUUGGUUACAAUGAAAUUGGUGAUGAAGGUGCAUCAGGCUUAGGUUCUGCUUUAGCAAACUGCAAUAAUCUCUCAAAUUUAACACUUCAUCUUUAUGACAGUAAAAUCAGUGCAAUAGGUGCAUCAGGGUUAUGUUCUGCUUUAGCAAAUUGCAGUAAUCUCUCUAAUUUGACACUUUAUCUUAAUAGUAAUUAAAUUGGUGAUGAAGGUGCAUUAGGCUUAGGUAAUGCUUUAGCAAAUAGUAUUAAACUCUCAAAUUUGAUACUUAAACUUGGUUCCAAUAAAAUUGGUGAUGAAGGUGCAUCAGGCUUAGGUUCUGCUUUAGCAAAGUGCAUUAACCUCUCAAAUUUGGUACUUUUUCUGGAAGACAGAUAAAUUGGCGAUGAAGGUGCAUCAGGCCUAGGUUCUGGUUUAGGAAAUUGCAUUAAUCUCUCAAAUUUAACACUUGAUCUUGAUGGCAAUAAAAUUGGUGCAAUGGGUGUAUCAGGCUUAUGUUCUGCUUUAGCAAAUUGCAUUAAUCUCUCAAAUUUGACACUUGAUCUUGGGUUUAAUAAAAUUGGUGAUGAAGGUAUAACAGGCUUAGGUUCUGCUUUUGUAAAAUGCAUUAAUCUCUCAAAUUUUACACUUAAACUUAAUUCUAAUUAAAUUGGUGCAAUGGGUGCAUCAGGCUUAGGUUCUGCUUUUGCAAAUUGCAUUAAUCUCUCAAACUUGACUCUUAGACUUUAGUUUAAUAAAAUUGGCGAUGAAGGUACAACAGACUUAGGUUCUGGAUUAGCAAAAUGCAUUAAUCUCUCAAAUUUGACACUUGAUCUUGGUGGUAAUGAAAUUGGUGAUGAAGGUGCAUCAGGCUUAGGUUCUGGUUUAGUAAAAUGCAUUAAUCUCUCAAAUUUGACACUUAACCUUGAUUAGAAUUAAAUUGGUGAUGAAGGUGUAUCAGGCUUAGGUUCUGGUUUAGUAAAAUGCAUUAAUCUCUCAAAUUUGACACUUAACCUUAAAAAAAACUAAAUUGGUGAAAUGGGUCCAUCAAGCUUAUGUUCUGGAUUAGCAAAUUGCAUUAAUCUCUCAAAUUUGACUCUUGAACUUUAUGACAAUUAAAUUUGUGAUGAAGGUGCAUCAGGUUUAGGUUCUGCUUUAGUAAAUUGCAUUAAUCUCUCAAAUUUGACACUUGAUCUUGAAUUAAAUUAAAUUGGUGCAAUGGGUGCAUCAGGAUUAGGCUCUGCUUUAGCAAAGUGCAUUAAUCUCUCAAACUUGACACUUAGUCUUGAUUAGAAUGAAAUUGGCAAUGAAGGUGCAUCUGGCUUAGGUUCUGGAUUAGCAAAUUGCAUAAAUAUCUCAAAUUUGAGGCUUAGAAUUAGGUUGAAUAAAAUUGGUGUUAAAGGUGCAUCAGGCUUAGGUUUUGGAUUAGCAAAAUGCAAUAAUCUCUCAAAUUUGAUACUUGAUCUUAGUCGUAAUUUAAUUGGUGGUGAAGGUGCAUCAGGCUUAGGUUCUAGUUUAGGAAAUUGCAUUAAUCUCUCAAAUUUGAUACUUGACCUCAAUGACAAUUAAAUUGGUGAUUAAGAUACACCAGGCUUAGGUUCUGGUUUAGCAAAUUGCGCUAAUCUUUCAAAUUUGACACUUUAACUUGAUAGUAAUUUAAUUGGUGAUGAAGGCGCUUCAGGCUUAGGUUCUGGAUUAUCAAAGUGCAUUAAUCUCUAAAAUUUUACACUUAGCCUUAGAUAUAAUUAAAUUGGUGCAAUGGGUCCUUCAGGCUUAGGUUUUGGUUUAGGAAAUUGCAUUAAUCUCUCAAAUUUGACACUUAGACUUAAUUACAAUUAAAUUGGCGAUGAAGGUGCAUCAGGCUUAGGUUCUAGUUUAGUAAAUUGCAUUAAUCUCUCGAAUUUGAAACUUGAUCUUGAUUACAGUUAUAUUGGUGCAAUUGGUGCAUCAGGCUUAGGUUCUGGUUUAGGAAAUUGCAUUAAUCUCUCAAAUUUGACACUUCAUCUUGAGUUAAAUAAAAUUGGUAAUGAAGGGGUAUCAAGCUUAUGUUCUGGAUUAGCAAAUUGCAUUAAUCUCUCAAAUUUGACUCUUAGACUUUAUAACAAUUAAAUUGAUGGCGAAGGUGCAGCAGGCUUAGGUUCUGGAUUAGCAAAUUGCAUUAAUCUCUCAAAUUUGACACUUAGCAUUUGUGGCAAUAGAAUUGGUGCAAUUGGUGCAUCAGGCUUAGGUUCUGGUUUAGCAAAUUGCAUUUAUCUCAAAAAUUUGACACUUGAUUUAAGCAAAAAAGUUGCUUGA